AUGAUUGGAAGCGGUCUUCUCUUCAUCUACCUAUUAUAUCCUGCUCAAAGCCAUGCAUUAAUCAUAUGUACCGUUGACUCGCCAGAUACUUGGUACGACUACUUCAGGUCGGUAUUGGAAGCUUUUGAAAAGAUAUCUCCAGGCUGUACAGACGGCAUGGCCGCAUCCAUUCCAAACAACUGGUCUCGGGGCAAAACGGUGUACUUUUAUUCUUUUUUCGGGUUUUUCAAAGCUGAUAUAACAGCUUCCAUUCGUCUACUUGGCUAUCUGGGAAAGCCUCCACUUCAUCGGAUCAUGCAUGAUAUCGUAUCGGUGAUGAUGGAGGAGCAAGUUCCUGGGAAGCAAAAGAGUCGGUACUUUGCCUCUUCGUGGAUGAAGCAAUUCAACCGAGCUUAUAACAAAUGUAAACAUGUUCUUGAAGUGUACAAAAAGGACUUGAUGAAUUUUAAUGAGGGAGAGGAUAUUGAUGGGAAUGCUAUUGAAGUAUUCACAGCUCUUGAAACUAAGAUACGUGAUGCUAGAAAGGAAACGGUGUUCCUCAGAUUUGUAUUUGCUUUGCUAUUUUUGAACUUCUUGUGGUUCUGGUCCUCCUUGGAUCUUUACGUGAUCAAUGUGCUGCUCCUUGUCCUGACUCUAGUCUACUUGACUUGUUUUUAUGUGCAAAAGGGAAGGAUCCCUGCUUCCAAGGUUGGGCUUCUUAACAUGACAGAAGGUAGAUACAAUCAUCGUUUUCUUAUUGUUCGCAUAGUAUGUCUUCAGGCCCUUGCCACUGUGAUAAGGAUUUAUCGCUUUUACUAUGAAGAUUCCGGCAGCUUUUUUUAUUGA